GACGUCCCUGUGGAACAACAAAGAGACGAUGUGGUUCUGCUGGGACUGGAGCAGGGAGUGUGGGCCUCACGGCAGAAGCUGGGUGGGCCCCACAGUGCUGCUCUGUAUCUAUGGCUUCUGCUCAAUGAUGAGGCCCUCUGAGCCUUUCCUCACGGACUACAUCACCGGGCCAUACAAGAACCUCACCACCAAACAGGUUACAAGGCAAGUGUUCCCAGUAUGUGCGUAUUCCAACCUCUUCCUACUCAUCCCAGUCUUCUUGGUGACAGAUAUCCUGAGGUACAAGCCUGUCAUCGUCCUCCAGGCACUCAACUACAUUUGGGCAUUUCUGCUGUUCAUCUUCAGCUCUGGUGUGGUGUUGACUCAGUGCGCCCUCUUCAUUUACAGUAUGGGCACCGCAGCAGACGUGGCUUACUAUUCCUAUAUCUACAGUGUUGUCCACCCCCAGUAUUACCAGAGAGUGACUAGCUAUGCCAGAGGGGCUGUGCUACUGGGCUACACAGCGGGAGCCAUUUUGGGUCAACUCUUGGUGUCCCUGGGAGGGGUUUCCAUCUACUGGCUCAAUGUCAUUACCCUGGGAUCCCUCUGUGUGGCUCUGUUGGCUGCCCUCCUCCUGCCCAUGCCCCAGAGAAGCCUGGUCCUGGGGGGGACUCAGAAUGAUAACGGCCCAUUCGAGGAGGUUGUGUCCAGUUCAUGUGUAUCCUGGGUUGUGUGGUGGCUGAGGAAGGGGAGGAGGACCGGGAGGGGGGAAAUGAGAGCUCUGAAGAGGUUAGCAGUGGAUUGUAAAGAGUGUUACUCCUCUGUGGCCGUGCUGUUCUUCUGUGUGUGGUCAGCCAUGGGGAAUUGCGGCUACCACCAGAUCACAGGCUAUGUGCAGCUCCUCUGGGCAUCCAAACAGCCCCAAUACAACUUCACAGAAUACAAUGGAGGGAUGGAGGCUGUCGCCACACUCUCAGGGGCGGCAGCCUCCAUAGCUGUGGGCCAUGUGUCUCUGGACUGGUCAGUGUGGGGAGAGCUGGUCCUGGGUGUGUUUACUGCUCUGACUGCUGGAGUUCUUUACCUGAUGGACCUGACCAACAGCAUCUGGAUCUGCUACGGCUGCUACGGACUCUUCAACACCAUCUACAUGGAGCUCAUCACCAUCUGCACGUUCCAGAUAGCCCAAGGCUUGAGCAGGGAGCGCUAUGCCCUGGUGUUUGGUGUAAACAGCUUUGUGGGCAUGGCCCUGCAGAGUCUUCUCACAGCCAUUGUCGUCAACACCAAGAGCCUGCAACUCACCAUCACCUCACAGCUCCUGUACGGGCUCGGGAGAGACGAAGGUUGAAAGUCAUGCAUCCUCCGAUACACAACCCAACCAAGCCGCACUGCUUCUUAACACAGCGCACAUCCAACCCGGAAGCCAGCAGCACCAAUGUGUCGGAGGAAACACCGUGCACCUGGCAACCUUGGUUAGCACGCACUGCGCCCGGCCCGCCACGGGAGUCGCUGGUGCGCUAUGAGACAAGGAUUUCCCUACCGGCCAAGCCGGUUACGACAGAGCCUGGGCGCGAACCCAGAGUCUCUGGUGGCACAGCAGGCGCUGCAGUAAAGCGCCCUCAAUCACUGCGCCACCCAGGAGGCCUCAGCAAAGAGAAUUACACUGACUACCACACACACAAGUACUCACCUUACUGAAAUGAAAUAAUCUUACAAGUAAUUACUGAGUUACAGUUUGCAAGAACAUACCGAAACUUCAGAAAAAGUGUUCUUGGUCUAUGCCAGUUACUUUGCUGCCAUGGUCGUGAUGUUCCUUAACAGAGGAGUGUAUACUCUUCUCCAGAGCCGAUUGAUGGAGCUCAUCCCAGCUGAGGGCCAAUCAGAGAGAAGAACUGACCUGCCACAAGUCUCACCUCUGGCAUGACACUCAAACAAAGGGAAAGAUCAUACAGUUCUGUCACCACACCUAGCCUAAAUGGAGAACAAACCGAUGUAAAGGAUACACAACCACCUGCAUUACAAUUAUUUAUGUCAAAGAAGUGCAAUAUCUGUAUUUAGCCACAAGACAGCACUGUAACCUUAUGAACAUGGCCAAUGUUGUUUC